AUGUCAACCCAGUACGACGACAUCCAAGGCCCCUACGACUACAUCCGCACCAAAUCUAUUGCCCUCAUUGAGCACGAAAACGUCCGCGACACCAUCGGCCCCUACAUCAAAGGCGCUCGCGUCCUCGAGCUCGCCUGCGGCUCCGCCUUCUACACCUACUCCUUCCUCGAUUGGGGCGCCACCUCCGUAACAGGCGUCGACAUCUCCUCCGGCAUGAUCGAAGAAGCCAAACGUAAUGCCCCCAACGACGGAUCGAGCAAGGGAAAAGUUGACUUCAUCCUUGCGGAUUGCUCGAAACCAAAGGAAUUUGAGGGCGGGCCGUUCGAUGUCGUAUUUGGCGCCUGGUUACUCAAUUAUGCGGAGGAUAAGAAGGGCUUAGUGAAUAUGUUCAGGAAUAUUGAGGUGAAUUUGAAGCCAGGGGGGCAUCUUGUCAGUGUCACGGUGCCGCCGGCGGAAGAUCCGACGGAGUCAAUUAAGAAGGAGUAUGAGGCGAGGCCGCCGCCUGAGGGGUCAGGGGGGCUGUGGUAUUGGGUGCUGAAGGAUGUGGAGGGAGGUGUGUAUUUUCAUGUUCAUGGAACUAGUCCCAUGGGGGACGUUGCGUUUGAUUGCUAUCACCUGAGGGAAAGCUUGCAGAGGGAGGCCGCGAUGGAGGCGGGAUUGAAGGUUGUGGAGUGGGGUGUUACGAGCGUGCCGGAGAGAUACCUGCAAGGAAGAGGUGAGGGAGGGGCGAGCUUGAAGGAGUUGGAGAGCUAUAAAGAUAUACCGAACUAUGGGCUGUUAGUGGUAGAGAAGGAGAAGUAG